UAUGCGAGCGAUUCACAGAUGGCGUGUUUAAAAGUGUAUUCUUACUACUCGUGCCAGAGACACUGUCAAGUUAUAACCUAUCGUAUUGUUGACAAUAGUUUGUCAACAAGAUGUCAGUAUUUUAAGAUAAUCUUAUAAUUAUGUUUCAUAGUGACAGCUAACCCAACGCAUCAAAUACAUCGUGUUGUGUCUAUGCCAUAAAAAAAACUUAAUUAAUAUUCACCGCAUGAUUACAUCCCACGAUCGGAAGUGCAUUAAAACACUUUCGACAGUAGUGCCUAAUAUUUUGUUGAAUAUGUAUUUUAUAUGACAUAGUAAUUUAUUGAAUUAAUAGAUUAAGAAUUGAUACAUUGCAUAAAAAAAAAGAAAUUUAAAAUGUUAAACCGAUUCAAAUCAGUAUUGAUGAAUGCUGUAGGUGUAAGCGAACUUGACCUACAGUAUCCAAAUGAUUCAAACAAUGAUGUGAUGAUAGAUUAUGUCAAUUCAAAUUUUUCGGUAGAAGUGGAAAAUAAGCCUUAUAGUCGACCUAGUUUCCUAGGACUUACAGCCGAAGAAACACAGGUUAGUGCUGAUCAUAGAGUAAGACCUAUAAUAGUCCCAAGAGAUUUAAGCCGAUUACCGUGGUGUGCUGGUUACGCAGAAUGUAUAAAUGCUGGAAAAAGUGUUUGGAAUGAGGAUCAGGCAUCUGCAACACGAGGAGACCUGAAAUUGACUGAUAUGAAUGCUACAUUGCCUUAUGUUAUGUUUUCUAUGUUUGAUGGCCAUGCUGGAUAUCAAGUAGCUCUUACUGCAAGAUUACAUUUACACAGAAUAAUUCUUGAAAGGUUGAUUGCUAUACCAAGUACCGUACUAUUUAAUGAAGACGAAGAAGAAUUUAUAAAAGGUAAAGAUUUAGUUACAGGUGCUAUCGAAUUAGCUUACAGACAAAUGGACCAAAUGGUAGAAGCUCAAGCUCAAAACGGUGGUGGAGGUUGUACAGCUAUUACUAUUCUAUUUCUUAAUGGCAGAUUAUAUGCUGCUGGUGCUGGUGACUCUAGAGCAGUGCUUGUAUUAGGAGAUAGUCAACGUGCUCUUACUAGAGAUCAUACUCCAGAUUCUGAAUCCAAUCGUGUAAGAGCUUUAGGAUUUUUAAGAAGUCACGAGUUAUUGAAAGGUUACUUCACACCAUUAGAAUUCAAAAAAAGGCCAUUACAAAAGGAAUUGGGAACUAUGGUCCUAUAUAGAGAACCUUACAUGACUGGUUGGGCAUAUAAAACAUUAUCUCAUCUUGAUUUAAAGUUACCUCUUAUUUCUGGUCAUGGAAAACGAAGUAGAGUUAUGGGUACUAUAGGAGUAACAAGAGGUUUUGGUGAUCAUGGCUUGAAAGCAGCCAAUACAGGUGUCAGUAUCAAACCAUUCUUAUCCUCUCAGCCUGAAAUACAAUCCUUAAAAUUAGAGGAUUGCAAUCUCACGGAACGAGAUUGCAUUAUCAUAGCUACUGAUGGAUUAUGGGAUGUUGUUUCUGACAAAACAGCAGCUGCUAUUCUUAGAAAAACACUUGCCCCAGAUACGCCUUCUUUAGAAUAUAGGCUUACAAUGGGUGCACAAGAAUUAGUACAAGCUGCUAGAGGUCGAUUAAUGGGAAGAACAUGGGUGGGAAAAUCUGAAAAUUCUAAUGAAAACGAAGACAAACUCGCCCCAAUGGCUUCGGUUGAUGACAUAAGUGUAAUGGUAGUACCAUUGUAUCCAUAUCUCUGCGAACAUAAACAAUGGUUAAAGUCAAUUCAGCAGGAAAGAAAGUAUUCUAAUGAUUCCUCACACAUAUCUAUCAAUAAUUCGAUACAAUAAUCAUUUAUAAUUGAAUUAUUAAAAGUGCAUACAAAUAUUAGUUGCUCCUAGAGAGUAUAAUCUUAUGUAUAUGCAAAUAAUACUAAUUAGUGAUUAUUUACAUUUGACAAGAAAAAAAAUUUUAUUUGUACUUUCAUAUAUAAAUUUUAAUCAAUAAUUUCGUAAAAAUGGUGAAGUGUGUAUCAAAAUGGUUAUUUAUUACAUACUGCCACUAUAUAAAUACAAAUAUUUUAAUUAGAUUUUUGUCUUUAUAUACAUGAAGUAUAGAAACUAUAUUGUGUUAUGCUAUAUAUGAAUACAUAUUUAUUUAAAAAACAUUCCAUCAUUAAUAUGUUAACAUAGCCAUAUUAUUUGAAAUAAUCUUCAACUGUAUAAGAUAGACGAAUCUCUUGGCUUUGGAUUGUAUUGUAUUGUAUUGUAUUGUAUUGUAUUGUAUUGUAUUGUAUUGUAUUGUAUUGAAUUGUAUUGUAUUGUAAUGAUUAUUUUUUGUGUAUAGUAGUUCUUUACAAGAUUUUUCAAAAUCAAAGAAUAUAUUAUACGAGCAUGGAAAAGAUUCAAAAUCGGAAAAAGAGUUCUGCUUUGUGUUAAAUCAUUGUCAAUAACGUUAUAUAUUAUUUCUUUAAAAUCAUAGCACUUACAUGUAUAAGCUGGUACAAAUUAAUCGAUUUAGCUGAUAUCAUUGAAUAAACUGUACAUAGUAAAAUCAAAAUGCACUGCUCUGAGCGGUAUGUAACAAUUAUAGAUUUUAUUAUAUUACCCUGUAUAAUAUUUUCUUUUUAGCAUAUUACAUUGUAAUUAUUGUAUAAAAUAAAUCUAAUAAUGCACAUAUAUUA